ACUCACUGAAAAGCACAUCCAACCAAGCAGCCAUCUGUUAUUGUGGAUAACAGCGUGUCAGGAGAAAAACACAGGAAAUAUGGCCGUGACCGAGUGGCGUUUAUCUCUCAAGUUAAUAGACCAGCCUUCCGUUCCGAAGUCGGUGCUGCAGUUUCCGGGAACAGAACCCGGGGAUGUCCCGCCUGGUCAGUACCGCGUCGCCACUCUGAAGCAGCUCGUGUCAGUGCAGCUACCGGACGCGAUUCCUGAUCCUGAGCUCAUAGAACUGGUGUACUGUGGCAGGAAGCUGAGGGAUGAACUCACUUUAGACUCUUAUGGGAUCCAGUCAGGGUCAACAGUGCACAUACUGAGAAAGUCAUGGCCAGAACCUGAGAUCCAAUCAGAGCCAGUGGACAGGGUGGCAGCUGCAAGAGAAUUUCGUGUCCUGCAGGCAGCACUUCACACCAGCACAGCCUACAGAGACUCUGUUUUUAAGAUGCUGAACAAUAAGGAGUCUUUAGAGCAAAUCAUUGUGGCGACACCUGGCUUGAGUAGUGAUGCCAUGGCCUUAGGUGUACUUCAAGACAAGGACCUUUUUGUGCAAUUCACAGAUCCAAACAUGCUUGACUUGUUGAUUAGCUCUCACCCAGCAUUGGUUAAUGCCAUUAUUCUGGUGCUGCAUUCUGUAGCUGGGAGUGUUCCCACCCAGCAGAGUGCCAGCUCCUCUAGAAAUGCCUCCUCCAGCUCCUACAGUGAAAUGCCAGGUGGCUUUCCCUUCGAAGGCAUGUCGGAUGAUGAGGAAGAAUUCCAUUCUGGGAAUCGCAGUGGGACAUCCAUGAGUUCUGCAGGUUCCUCAGGCCUGAGGCCUGCUACAUUAGGUUACAGUGGAGCAGUAGGACCCAGACCCAUCACACAGAGUGAACUCGCUACAGCUCUAGCCCUAGCCAGCACCCCAGAAAGCAGUGCUGUUACACCUACCAUAGGAAACCAGGGAGCUUCUUCAGGAGUUUCCCCUAUCCCUGCAGGAACACCAAUAACGAACGACCUUUUCAAUCAGGCCCUGCAACAAGCCUUACAGGUGUCUAGCAUGUCUUCUCUUCAAAAUCAGUGGCAAUCUCAGCUCCAGCAACUUCGUGACAUGGGAAUCCAGGAUGAGGAGCUGAUUCUGCGAGCCCUCCAGGCCACUGGAGGAGACAUCCAAGCUGCUCUAGAGCUUAUUUUUGCUGGGGGAGCGCCAUAAGAUGCUGCAUAUUAGAAAUGCACAUGUGAUAUUUGUUGUUAUAGCUGCAUUAAAAAAAAAAUCUGUUCACACCUUUUCCCCUGGCAUGCUAAAAUACAAAUUUUAAUUAUUUCAUUGUCACAGAUUGUGCGCAGAUACAGUCCCCUCCAGAAUUAGUAGCACCCAGACUCCCAAUUGGUAUGACAAAAAUGUGCUCUCACUGGAGAUUGUAACGGUUGUUUCCCAUGAUUUCACAGUCACUCAUGGCUGGGAGUCCAAAAGUGGGGCGCUCAGUGUGAGGGUUGCGGCAGACUGCUGCCCACAGAAACACUAGCCAGUAAUGGGUGUCUGUAAGCUUUAAUAUGCAGAAGAGGGCAGAUAGCACUUUCCUCCAAGUGUGUUAUGUUGUCCUGUGAUGCAGCAUGCACAUCAGGUUGAAAAGACUGGCUUUAUGUGUCCAUGUGGAAGAAUAUGCUAGCAAUCACCCUUCCUAAUUAGAAGCACAAAAACGUUUAUUUUUUUUACUAUUGAUUUUAAAAUUAUUGGUAAAAUUAUUGGCCUAUUCUUAUAGAGCUAUAAAGAUUAUGGUCUAUACUUCUAUGCAGAUCAUUUUAAGUUCCUUUUUAUACAUAGUUUCAUAGUGAACUUUUGUUUUCCAUUAUACUAAACUCUGGAGACUGAGCUGAUUGCAAAUUUUUUUUUUACCAAUUCUGGGUUGGUUUUUAAGUAUGUUUGUUGAAAGCAUCAUCAAUGACCCCUUGUAGAUGCAAACAACUUUUAGAAUGUAUAUCCUGGUACUUGCUGUCAGCCUUCACAAGAGUUUGGGACCACCAUGUUGUGAGAUGAUCUAAAAAAGAGCUUCUUUCUUAUAGGGAUUUGUUUGUUUGUUUGUUUAUUUAUUUAUUUAUUUAUUUACGGUGUGUGUGCGUACAUGAUGUAAUAUGGGUAAUAUUAAAAGACAAUCACCUCAACUAUAAAAAUAAAUUGUAAUAUAGGGAUGCAACAGGGGACAUGCUCCUGUAGGUCUUUACUUUGUAUGUAUAACAUACAAACAUGAUUGUAUAACAGCAGAGCAGUCUAUAUCAGCACUGCUAUAAUAUCAUGCAAAUACUGGACAAGAGUAUGAAGUGAUGUUCACAUCAGACAUCCUGACAUUUAAUGAGAAGCUUCACGGAAAAUCUUGACCUAUAUCUGCAUUAUUUUAUGUAUUGGGCUGCUGUUACAUGAUGGCUGUUUUAGAUAAUGGCACAAAUGAGCAGGUCUAGACAUAUUCCUGAUAAAGUGAGAACUGUGUAUAAUGUAAUUUACAAUAACAAAAGCUUGUUGAUAACGAAAAUGUUUAUUUAUUUCAAUUAUUACUUAGGGUUGUCAAUAAUUUAAAAAAUAUAUAUUAUCUAGAUAUAAUUAUAAUAAGGGUUCCAAUUAUUCUGGAGUGCACUGUAUUAUUUCCUGCUUAAUAUGUUAUUGCUGAUAUUGGCACUGACCUUGCAUAUGGCACAAGUUAAUAAGUUAUUAAACAGGAAAUAAAUAAAAUUCCUCAAACUUGUUUGUCCAGUCCAGUGUUUGUAGGUUCAUUUUUAUUUUGUUCUCAAAUAUCUCACUUAUAGGAAGAUGCAGAUUACUUGUUUUUUGUGUAAUACAAUCCUUUC